AUGGCUGAGCAGACUAUCCAAACCUAUCGACAGCUCCUCAGGGAAGUCGCCAAGGCUUCUAUUUCGCCACGAUCCCUACGCAAUCGGACCAUUUCCUUGAACUUCCGGCGAAUGUUCGACCAGCGCCCGAGUGGCGAAGAGGCUCAAUCAUUUCAUUAUGAUGCCACAAAUGCGCUCACCUUCAUGCGGGCGCAGAGAAUACACAAGACGCUGCUGGACCGGUACAAUCCAUUAUUUGACCUAACAGCAGAAGAACGGAUAGAGGCCACGGCGCACCGGGUUGGAUUCAAUAUGCCUAUCACUCCAAAGAAUGACAAGGAUGCAUAA